AUGUCGCCCCUCUGCUGCGUCCCACCGGCGCCGCCAGCACGAGCCCCAUGUGCGCGUCUGCUCCUGCCCCUCCUCGCCCUGGCGCUGCUCGCGCCUCGCGCCGACGCGGCGCUGGGCACGUGCAAGGACCUGGCAAAGGGCGUCAAGCCGGCCUACAAGUACUGCCAGGUGCUGAGGGACGGCGUCGCGGCCCUGCAGUGGCGGACAGCGAAUAAGGGCGCGGACAUUUACUUCCGGUACUCAGUCGCCGCCCCCAGCGACGUCGGAUGGGUCGGAUUCGGAUUCAGUGAUAUGGGCAGCAUGGCAGCGGCACCGCCGCCGCCCAUGGCGGCACCGCCGCCGCGCAUCAACGGCACCGCCGCCGAGCAGAGCGGCACCGCAGCCGCCCAUAGCGGCACCGCCGCGGCGCAUAGCGGCACCGCCGCCGAGCAGAGCGGCACCGCCGGCGCGCAGAGCGGCGGACGCGCGGACCUGAUUGUCAUCCACGCGGGCGCGGACGGCGCUUGGACGGUCACAGACGCCAACGCCAAGCAGCCCGGCCGGCCCUCCGCGGACGCGGUCCAGGACGUGAAGUUCAUAGGCAUGGAGUACGACGCGACUAAGGGUUACUGGGUGGCCGAGGUGGCCAGGAAGUUGAAGACGUGUGACGUGGACAACGACUGGCCGAUCGAGGGCGGCCGCGGCGGGCACACCGUCUGGGCGUUUGGGUCACGCUUGGGCCCGGGCUUUACUGGCAUACAGAAGCACCCAGAAGCUUCCCGCGGCUACCUCCCGCUCCAGCUGCUGCCCGCGUUCUCCGCCCAAAAGUCCGCCGCCGCCAAGGCGCUGCGGCUGUCGAGCGGCGCGUUCCCGCUGCCGAAGAAGUCGGGCCGGCGGCGGCGGGCGCUGGCGGGGCAGGGCGGCGGCGGGGACGCGCCGACGGCCGAUCAGAUCUCUCAGAUCAGCAAUGACCUGUUCCGGCUGCUCGGCGGGAUGUCGAACUCUGGUCCCAAAUGCACCCUGAGCGAGUGCGAGGGCGGCGGCGGCGGCAGCGGCGGCGGCGGCAGCAGCCGCGGCGCGGCUGUUGUCGCCGCCGCGCCGACGGGCAGGGUGGCGCCGCAGGCGACCGCGCCGAAGACGCCGGAUCAGAUGAGGUAUCCCGUGAUCAAGAAUGCAGACGGGAGCUUCACCGCGAACAUCACCUGCUCCAGCCCCAUCCCCAACGUACUGACGACCUACAUGACCUGCUACAUAGAAUGGCCCUUCGACCAGUGA